AUGGUUUCAGACAAGAUCAAGAUUGAAGAUGAGGAAUUAGUGGUUUUAGAAGAAGUUAACAAAGAUGCUAGAAAGAAAGAGGUCAGCAAACAAGUAAACAGUGAUGAUGGGUUAGUGGUUAUUGAAGAUCCGGUUGUUGUUGAUCGUAAUGUUGAAGAUGAUGAUAUAGUUGUGAAAUUUGAAUCUUUGAACGUUAAAGGUAAUCCAUCUGGGGUCGAAGAAUCAGGAAAUGAAUCUGAUGAUUUAUUUGUUGAUGCAGCUGAGAUUAAAAAAGAAGAUGAGGAAUCAAUAGGAGAAUUAUUGUAUGCUUCAGCUUGUCAGUUAUAUAUAUUUGAUUCAGUGGCGGAAAAGUUUGUGUUGCAAGAGUCGAGUGCGAAAGUUUCACUUUAUAAUAUUGGCAAAUUUGAUUUUUGGUUUGCGGUUAACAGUAAUUCAACAGAAUUAGGUACUGCUAUUAAUACGAAUAUUAAUCCUACUUUUAAUGCUAGCAAGUUAUCGUUUAUAUUCAACUACAGUUUUUCCUCGGUUACUUUGUCUUAUAUGUUAGUUUUCGAAAAUAAAUCUCGUUAUAAUUUAUUUAAAGCAGAGUGGUGUAAGAUAUUCUGGAUGUCAUUGAGUAAAAGAUCAUGGGCUGAUAUCACAAAAGAAGAGCAGAAUUAUGUUCUUGAAUCUGCCAUAGAAAUAGAGAAGCAACUGGAUGAAAUAUUGGACUCAGAUAGCGGUCAGGAAAGAAACAUCAGUGAAGACAGUGAAGAAGAGGAAAGUGAAGAAGACGAUGAACAUUCAAAAAGAAUAAUAUCUUCAGUAAGGUUUGAAGAAAGUGAGCAGGAUAAAUCUGCAUCCGCUGGUAACAGAUCUUUGAAUGUCGCAUUCAAAAGUAAUAGAUAUUUUGUUGUCAGAGAUGACAAGGUUGGUGUGUUUAAAAAGGCAGAAGACGAUGACAUGGAAAUGGAAUUUGUUACUGCUAUAACUGGCAUCAAGACAUUGCAUGGCAAAAGACUCGAUCCUUAUUCUCCUAUGUUAUAUAUGGAAGAUACAUCUUUAUUGAUGCAAGAGGGCUCUAGUAGUAACAAAAUCUUUAAGAUGGAUUUAAACAGGGGUGAAAUUGUUGAAGAAUGGUCAACUGGCGAUAAAAACGUAGUCCAAUAUUGCCCAUCUAAGAAAUUCGAUCAAACGACAUCUGAACAGACAUUCUUAGGUCUAUCAGAUAAAGCACUAUUCAGGAUCGAUCCAAGAUUGAACACACCAAAUAAGGUUGUCCAAGAUCAAUCAAAGGAAUAUUCUACAAAGACGAAUUUUACUUCAAUUGGUACUUCUGAAAAUGGUUAUAUUGCGCUAGGUUCAGCAUCGGGUAAUAUCAAAUUAUAUGAUCGUCUUGGUAUUAGAGCUAAAACCUCUAUUCCAUCAUUAGGUCAAGAGAUCAAGCAUAUAUCAUCCUCUGCAGAUGGUAGGUGGUUGCUAGCAGUUUGUGAGAAAUCCUUAUUAUUAAUGGAUUUGACUAUUAAAACUGGUAAGAAUGAAGGUGGCAUUGGUUUCUUGAAAUCAUUCCCUGCGGCUGAAAAUGUUAAGACCUAUAUUUUAACAGUUUCACCAGAACACACAUUAUAUAUCGAAGAUUUCACUAAAAAAUCGUUAUCCUUCACAAAUGCUUACUUCAACACAGGUAUCGGGCAAAAAGAAGAAACCAUCAUAACCUCUACAGGGCCAUUUGCUAUCAUAUGGUCGAUCGAUAAAGUGUUGAAGAACGAUGCUGUCCCUUACCAUGUAAGACGUUAUAAAUCUGACGUUGUCGAGGACAAUUUCGAAUUCGGAUCAGCUUCAGAAGUAGUAGUAACUUUGAAGAAUGAUGUCUCCUUGGCAAAAACCGAAAAUUUCAAGAAACCUAGCAAGAAAGUCCUAUUCCCAAACGGUAAUAUAAACGACUUUUAUGGUUAA